AUAUAUGGAAAAAUAAAAGAGAGCAAUGGGGCUCUAGCUUGUCAUUGUUAAAAUCUGAAAAUCUCGUAAGGUACCAGCUUCUAUUUUCCAAUCAAUUUGCUGUUGUUGAACGUCUGAAGCAGCGUUGCUUUGUAAUUCAUUGGUGAAGAGAGGGAAGGGGAGUAAAGACUGGAUGGCAAAGAUGACAGAGGCAAUCAAAGUAGAGGAAUCGCCAUGUAUAGUUAAAUUUGCGCCCUUUAUAGUGGCAGCUCUUAUUGUCGCACAUCUUAUAGCUUUUGUUUACUGGAUUUAUAGAGUGGCCAUCGAACAGCCUCCCCGCCGCCGGAAGACUCAGUGAUCGGCUAUGGCUCAUCACAGUAUGUUGUCAUCAUUUUUUAUUAACAAAACUUGGAUUUAUUUGAUUCAAAAAUUGAUUACAGUGAGACCAGAUUUAUGUCUGUGAGAUGCCUAUAUAUUUUCUUUUGACACACACCACUUUGUAACAUUUUCUUUGCGAAAUUGGCUAUUCCGCAGUUAGUGUUAGAAUGCUAUUUUAUGAAACCCUAUGCGGGUUUUAAUACUUGUUUAUGAAAACCUAUGUGGGUUUUGCUGCACUUUUAAGUUUUAUGAAACCCUGACUGGGGUUUUAGAGUAAACUGCAAUGUAAAUUUCUAACUACAAAUCCAAUCCAGUACGUAUUUUGAUUUUA